CUUUUCCAAAAUAAAUAGAGAAAAUAAAUAAAAUAAAAAAAUGGAGGAAGAAAAAGAAAUGGUAAUAACAAAGAGAGAAGAAAGUAGCAGGGUCCUAUAGGAGGGAGCAUCAGUACUAGAAGAAGUAGUAGUAGUACUACUUGCCAGAAAAAAUAAUAAGAGUUGGGAAAGAAAAAAUAAUAAGAGGAGGGCCAAUUAGGGCUCCCGUCGGAAAGUUGAACCCAAAAAGGUAACGCCUUUCUCUCUCUCUCGCUCUCUCUGUCUCUCUCUUACUAGCUAAGCUCUAAGGUACCCACUUGGCCCAUUACCCGCCAUUUGGAGCUUGAGGAAGUUAUUGGGUUGAGGAAUUUUUCAUGUGUUUUGGUGAGUAGAGCACGGAAGGCGUUGUCUUUAGCUUCUGGGGAUUGGAGUUUGUGAAUUUGGGGCAAGUUCUCUGUUUUGGGGGAUUUCUGUGCUGAAUUUGAAGUUUCUGUUGGUAAUUUUCGGUUAUGGUGGUGAGCUGAGCUGUAUAGAAUCUAGGGUUUCUGGAUGAGCUCGGUUUUGUGGAUGCUUGUGCUACUCUAGAGGUGUGAUUGGUUUGUUAGCGUUGGGUUUACGCGAUGGGGAAUUUCAAUUGCUUGAGAAAGGUUUGUGCUUUGGUUUGUUGAUUGUAUGCUCUUUCUCUGUUAGAGUGAGGGAUUUGCAAGUCGCAAGUUGGAAGCAAAAUGGCGAUGGAGUCGAACACCGGGUUUCUACAUGAUGACACUUUUGGCUAUGGCUUGAACCGGCACGCUAUAUCUUUCCAGUCUGGAGCAAUAAACAGCAGCUCGGAGAUGAUUCCGAUGGGGAAUUACUUUAGUACUGACCCGGUGAUGGGGAUGGGGAUGGGGAUGCAGAUGAUGUUCUCUCCGACUUCGGGGUCAGGCAUGGGCAUGGGCAUGGUCAACCACAGUCCUGCAAUUAGUCAACCCGGGACUUCAUCAGGGUCUUCUCUGCUCGUUGAUUCCGUACCGGGCCUCAAGCAUGACACAGGCUUGGCAGUUGAGUGGUCUUUGGAGGAGCAAUACAAAUUGGAGGAGGGCCUUGUCAAAUUUGCUGAUGAACCAAGUACUAUGAGAUAUGCUGAUGAACCGAGUAUUAUGAGGUACAUAAAGAUUGCGGCAACCUUGCGUGAUAAAACUGUGCGUGAUGUUGCCUUGAGGUGUAGGUGGAUGACGAGAAAGCGGAGGAAACCUGAAGACCAUACUACAGGAAAGAAGGGCAACAUUAGGAAGGAUAAACUGGUAGAUUCAUACUCCAAGAUGAGCAUACCCUCAGCUCCACAACACAACAUGGCUGCAUAUUCUCUUAUGAUGCAUCGUAUGAACCAGAAUGAGCGUUUGCAGUGUGAAGGAAUAAGUGGGACAGCCAAGCAUUUAUUGGACCAAAAUGCUCAAGCUUUUAAUCAAAUCACAGCUAACCUUUCUACGUACAAGUUACAGGACAAUAUUAACCUCUUCUGUCGCACAAGGAACAACUUAACUGCCAUCUUGAAUGACAUGAGAGGUAUGCCUGGCUUAAUGAGCCAAAUGCCGCCACUGGAUGUAUGCAUAAAUGAGAACCUUGCUAAUAGUGUUAUCUUGCCUAAUACAACUUAGACAAAUCAACAUCUCAAAAUCCUGGACUGCCUCAUUGUCUGAGCGCACUGUGUAUGAGUUUGCUUUUGUUGCCGGGAAGCAGAGUUGCAGAUAUCUGAUGAGGCUUAUGCAGAACCCUACUCAAUUCUUGGCCUCACUGUCAUUUGAUCUUAGUGCCUCCAGGCCUGGAUCCUUGUGUUGUGUCUAAUUAUAUAUUAUGUACCCUUAUUCUCAUUGUGCAGGAAAUAAAUUAAUAUAUAAGUAUAGUUGCAGCAGCAGGAACUUUUGUCUUUGUAAAUUUCAAUUUAUAACUGCUAAUUGUACCACUUCACUGCUGUUGGCUAGCAUGGUUUGAUUUGUUGGUUUGACCAUUUUCUUUGACCUUAAUGAAGUACUUUGCAGUUCGAUAACCA